AGUGCUCGCCCCGCCCCCUUCCCACCUGUGCGGUUACUGUUCCGUCUCCUGUGACUCCGGCAGGCAGGGAGGCAUGCACAGCAACAACCAGCGCCUCAGUGUUGCCAGACGUGCGAAACAAGUUUAUUCAUGGUCAUGAUCUAGAUGUCCUUCUUCCCGUCUCUGCUUGUCAUACGCCAUCGCCCGCCCCAUCAGCGCCCACAGGAGGGUGCCGCCCAUCCCCAGGCUCGACAACACCCAGAUGCUGACGGCGUAACUCUGAGAGGCGUCCCGAAUAAUUCCUGUGGGAAAUAGACGUGAAACGUGUGUCUACGUCAGGAGGGCUGGAGGUUCGCCCCGAGGUCACCAGAGUGCACCAUUCAUCCUUGACUUGGAGGGAGUGUGUAGACUGGUGACUUGGCGCACGCUUCCCUAGUCUGCCCGUAGCAACAGGUGCGGUAAGAUGACGGUGGUGCGGCAAGGCAGGCCGCCUGACGGGGGGUGGGGCUGGAUGGUCAUCGCUGGCUCCUUCAUCACACUGUUCGUCCUUGCCGUGUUCUCCCUUGGGUAUUCCAUCUUGUUCUCGGAGUUCCUCUUGUCCCACGGCGCCUCGUCCACCACCAUUGCGUGGAUCUUCAACCUCCAUGUCUUCUUGUGGAAUGCGGUCGGGGUGUUCACGGGUCCCCUCACCAAGGAGAUGGGCUUCAGGAAGGUCAGCAUGGUUGCCACGUUCCUCUCCGGCAUCUCCCUAUUCUUCCUCGUCUUCGCGGACUCCGUUUGGUUCCUCCUAGUGUUCUACGCGCUCGGAGGGCUGUUUGGAGGCAUGGGCGCCAAGCCGUGCUACCUGCUACUCACCUUGUACUUCGAUCGCAAGCGUGGCCGCGCCAACGCCCUCCUUAUGUCCGGAGUGUGCAGCGCCCAGUUUGUGGGUCCCUUGCUGAUCCGCUACCUGCUGGCGGAGUACUCCCUGAAGGGCGCCACGCUCAUCCUCUCCGGCAUCGUCUUCAACAGCCUUGUGGGCACGGCACUGUACCAGCCCGUGGAAUGGCACCUCAAGAAGGAUGACGAGGACGACUCCCUGAAGGAUGAGCUGGCAGAGAACAAGGAGUUGUGCGAGGCAGACCCUGACGCGGGAGUGACGGAUGAGAUGCGGGCGAGGGAGGCGCAGAGGCGCAAAAGGUUCGGAGAGAGUUUGUCCCGCCGGUCCAGCGAGAUGUCCAUGCUGUCCCUGGCGGUGUCCAACAUCGACCUGUCCAGCAUCCCGCCCUCCAGCCGCCGCGUCUCCCUCUCCAUGGAGACCACCGCCUCCACUGCCGGCGAGGACGCGGGCGGCACGUCAUCGAGCGAGCGUGGCUGCGCCUGUGGCUUCCUGACGGCGACGGCGAGGGUGGUGAACACCGUGGUUGCUGACCUCAAGAUCCUCAAGUCCAUGCGUGCUCUCAUCAUAGUGAUGGGCGGCGUGUUCACCAUCAGCGCCUAUCUCAACUUCCUCAUGACGGCGCCCUUCGCCAUCCAGCACCUCGGCUACUCCCUCUCAGAAGCCGCCUGGUGCAUGUCCCUGGCCGCCAUCGCUAACUUCGCGGCGCGCCUCGUCACUUCCGGCCUCUCAGACCAGGCGUGGUUCAACAUCCGCUACGCCUACAUGUCCGGCGCCAUUAUCAUCAGCCUCACCACCGCCGUGUUUGGCUUCCUGCAGGACUUCACCCACAUCCAGAUCGUCAUUGCGGUGUGGGGCUGCGGCGUGGGCAUCAACAUUUCCCUCACCAUACUCACCAUGCCUCACUUCAUGGGUGCUGAGAAGAUGCCCGCUGUGUUUGGCGUUCAUUCCCUCUUCUUGUCAUUCUCCUUGAUAACGAUCGGGCCUUUAUUCGGUCUUGUCAGGGACUGGAGUGGCAGUUACCCGAUGUCUAUGUUAGUGAUGGGGAGCACAGCGGGAUUGAGUGUCAUGCUGUGGUGUCUAAUGCCCGCAGCUAUAGCCUACGACAAGAGAAUCGAGGAGGAGCAGGAGAUGAAGGAGCAGGAGGAAGCAGAGAAGAAGGUGUGAUGUUGGACUGUUGGUAGCCUUCAGUAUACUCAGAGACAAGCAUGGGCUGUCUCCUCACCUUUGUGUUGUACCGUAGAUUUGUUUAGCAUGUGGCAAAAGCUGUAAGAUUGGUUGUCAGGUGUGUGUGUGUGUGUGUGUGUGUGUGUGUGUAAGAUCUUGUAUAUUUUGUAUUCCCAGCGGGUAGCAGUGAAGUAGCAGUGCAUGCAUGUAGUGCCUCGUUGUGACUUUCUGAUGUACAAACUGCAGUCUUUCUCACAUCACCUUUGCUCUCUCUCGUGGAAGGAGCAACAUUGUGAUAUAUACAUGAUUAUCACCAUUGAUAUAAAUUUCUUUCUAUUUGGA